AUGGCGCUGCUCAAGGGCCUGGCAGCGGGCGCCGUAGGCGCGGCCGCGUACAACCUGUACCACGAGGGCGGUGGUGGCCCGGGUGGGGGCGGGCUGGCAGGCAAGGACCUGGCGACGGGCCUAUUUGAGGCCUUCCAGAGGAGGGGCGCCGCGCAGAUGGCCGAGGCAGGUCCUUUGAACCUUGGUUUGGUGUCGCGCAUGCAGCGCCAGGUGGAGGACCUGCAGGCUGCACUGCUCAGGUCGCUGCACGAGAGGGGCCAGCCCACCGUAAUCGUCACAGACUCGGGCCGGGGUUCAAGCAAGGUUGUCGUGGGCGCAGUGGUAGUCAUUGGCGGCGUCGCGCUGUACCUGCGGUUUGUCAGGGGCUGGCGGCUGGCCGACAUGAUGUACGUCACAAAGGGGGCGCUGGUCAACAUGCAGCAGAGCGUCAACCAGGGCCUGGCCACUGUACGUGGCCAGGUGGAGGCGGCAGCAUCUGACAUGGUGGCGCGGCUUGGGGCGGUGGCGUCCAAGGCUGACGAGAUGCUGGGGCGGCAGGAGGCCAUGGAUGGGCAGCUCAAGGAUGUUGGGGAGCGUGUGGAGGGCGUGGCGGAUGGUGUGGCGGAGCUGCACCAGCAGGUGGCUCACACCAACAACGCCAUCAAGCUGCUGUGCGGCGCCUUUGCAGAGGUGGCCAGACGUGUGGGCCUCCACAACGGCCGCUACGUGCGAGCUCUGGAUGGCUUCGUGCACGGCCUUGAGCCCCCGGCACAGCAGCAGCACCAGCAGCAGCUGGGAGAUGGUGGUCUGCUGCCCGGCCUGCUGAUGGGCGUAGAGGCCGCCGCGCUGCUGGACCCCGCAGUGGUGGCCGCUGCGGGAGGGCAGUCAGGGGGCUCUGGCCUGCCCUCAGAUAAAGCACCGCAGCGCAUCAACCCAGCCAUCUACGCCAUCAACGGCUGCGCAGCGGCUGCAGUGGCAGCAGCGGCGAACGCGGCACCCGGCAGCUCUGGGGCGCCACGGGGGCAGCCAGCCGCCGUCAUCACCGAGGUCAGCAGCCCACAGCAGCCGGGGGGGUCGCAGCCGUCAUGGGGGCACGCCAGCAGCUCGGGCAUUGGGCAGCGCCCGAAACACGUGUAA